AUGUCUGAAAAUUCCAGUGACAGUGAUUCAUCUUGUGGCUGGACUGUCAUCAAUCAUGAGGUACCCAAUCUCAAAUUAAUAAAGUUCUUUCAGUUUAAGACUAGCCAUAUACAUGGUGAGGCCCUAGCAGGCCUAAGCUGCUCAGAAACCCGGAAGGGCCCUACCUAUUCGUGUGGACCUCCAAUAUACUGCUUUCCUUUAGUCCUGAGGUUUUUUGUGUCUCUUCAGAUCUUGGGCUCUGACAUAGAGACAGUGACUUCAGAAAAUGGAAGCACAAAUGAUAACCAUGAGUUUGUUUCAGAAGAAUAUGUUUCUUUGCAAGAAGUGGAGCAACCAAUAGAUUUGCAAGCUCAGUGCAGCAAUGAAGGAGAGGUACCAGUGGUAGAUAGUACUCUCCCAGCUUUUGAGGAAACUGAGACAGUUCCAGAGUGUCCUGACAUUGUUACACUUGAAGCCCCAAAACCAGAAGAAACUCCAAGUCAGGAGGAAGCUCCAGCUGAUGAUGAAGUUGGAGGUUCAGAGGAUUUUAACAUGGGUUCCUCCUCUAGCAGUCAAUAUGCGUUUUCCCACCUAGAAACUGUUUUUUCAUCUCAGGCUAGCAACGAUGAGUCAAGUAGUGACGAAACUAGCAGUCAGUCCAGUCCCACAGUACGAAAACGUCGGGCUAAGAAGAGACUGAUCUCCAGCUCCGAGGCUGAGGGUGGGUGCCCUGCUGAGGAGUCUGAACCUCCCGGAGAAGAGCAGCAUAAGCACCAGUUCAGUAGUGGCCUUAACAGAUGCAUCAUACUAGCUUUGGUGAUUGCAAUCAGCAUGGGCUUUGGACACUUCUAUGGUACAAUACAGAUCCAGAAACGUCAGCAGCUGGUGACAAAGACACGUGAAUUAAAGGAUAUGAAAGAUGACCUUUACCAGUGCCAACAAGAGCAAGGAGAUAAAUGUUUUUGCUUGUUCUCUUUUUGUUUGUAUUGGUCACUCAAGGGAGAUCUUGCCACAUGUUUGACCUCUACUGAUGUGGAGAAGAAAUCUUUUGAAUCUCAAAAAAAAAGUCUUGCUGUGGAAAAUCAGCAUUUAAGAGAAUCUCUAGAAAAGGAAGAAAAAGCUUUGGCCUCACUUCAGGAAGAAUUAAGGAAGCUAAGACAACAAAUUAGAAACUUAGAAGAUAAAGGUACUAGCACUGAGUCUAUUGUAAUGGAAAAUCAGAAACUAAGGGAACAUUUGGAAGAGGAAAAGCAAAGAAACCACAACUUUCUUAGGCAAAAGGAAACACUCUUUGCUGAGGCACAGAUGUUAAGGAGAGAACUGGACAAAGAACGUCAUGUUACAGAAGUUCUAAAAAAAGAACUGGAACAGUUAAGUUCCCAUCAAACACCUGACAAUGCUAAUGAUGAUGACACAUUAAAGGAAAAUCAAGAAAUAGAGAUUCUUCGAGGAAGACUAGUAGAACUAGAAAAAAAGCUAAACUUUGAGCAACAACGCUCUGACUUGUGGGAGAAGCUGUAUGUUGAAGCGAAAGACCAAACUGAAAAACAAGAAGUGAAUGAAAGGGGACAAAAGAAAGGUGCUAAAGGGCAAAGUAAGACUAGAAAGAAAUCAAAGGAAUCAUUUUUUGGUUCAGUUAAAGAAACUUUUGAUGCUAUGAAAAAUUCCACAAAAGAGUUUGUAAGACACCAUAAAGAAAAGAUUAAGCAGGCUAAAGAAGCAGUGAAAGAAAACCUGAAAAAAUUCUCUGAUUCUGUGAAGUCUACGUUCAGACACUUCAAAGAUACCACAAAAAACAUCUUUGAUCAAAAGGAGAAGUCAUCAAAUGAUAGAAGACACGCAGCAAACAAGAAAGCUCGGACUUUUUACCGAGAACAUAACUCUUACGAGAAUCUGAAGCAUGUGUAUUACAGGGGACCUGACAUGCCAAAAGAAUUCAAAGAUGGAAGAAAACAUCAGUUUACAACAUUUGAAAAAGAUACAGAUUCACAGAAAUGUCUCCAUGACCCUUCAUGUAAUAGAAAACAUCACUUUGUCCUAAAGGGCUGCUCUGGUAUUUUUGAAUGUGCUCACCAAGAAUCUCUUAGUCUCUUUAACAGAGUAUCGGAUCCUAUCAGGGUGGAUGAAUUUAGUAGGUUAAUGAAAAAGUAUUUGCAACAAGUUGUACAUAACUUUCAUCACUGGAGAGAACUAGAAAAUUUCAUCAAUAAAUUUUUUCAUAACGGGCUAUUUAUACAUGACCAGAUGCUGUUCACUGAUUUUGUUAAUGAUGUCAAGGAUUACCUGGAAGAUAUGAAGGAAUACCAAAAUAAUAAUGAAAAGCUUUUUGAGGAUUUGGACAAAUAUGUCUACAGAUACUACUUUCAUUAUGAUAAUUCACCCCAAUAUGGACCCAGUCGACCUAAAAGGCCUUUUACACAAACUGAAAAUUCCAGACAUGAAAAACAAGCUCAGAAGUACCACCACCGUAAUAAAAGAGAAGGUAAAUGGCAUAAACAUGGACGCAGUAAUGGAAGACACAUGGCAAAUCUUGAAAUAGAAUUGGGGCAAUUACCCUUUGAUCCAAAAUAUUGAGUAAUUUAUGGUAAAAAUAAGAUUAGAAUUAAUAAUUCACAUCCUCUCCAGAAACUAACUGUUUCUCCACAAAGCAUCAAGAUGCAAGUUUUUUCUCUAAACAAUUUGAUUUUUACACAUUUUUGUUAAAAGGCAGAAUUCAAGCUUUCUAAUUUGCAUAUUCUGUACUGUUGCUUUAACUGUUCUUUGGAAGUGAUGAUAGUUUGGGUGCAAGCAGUAUUGUUGCAGAAACUAGGCAUGCCAUGACCUGUGUAUGAAAAAUAUGCUUAAUUGCAUUCCAUUAGUGUAGUUCAAGUUUGAGUCAUGCGUAAUGUACCAAUAAUUAACUCAGAUGUUUGAUAUACUAACUUCAUCUCAUCCUUCAAAAAAUAGGUCUACAUUAUGGUAAUGUAUUUGUUAGUGUUUUGUAAUCUUAUACUUGCUUCUUGUCUUUGGGGGGGUUCAAGAGCCUGUUGAAUUGUGAAGAAUUUGCUGUGCUGCAUUCUAAUCAGCUUGCUGAUUUAAGCACUUUAAAUGUCUUGCAUAUCUGCAUACUGUAGAAGAAAAAUAAAGAGACAUUGUGGGUAAAAGUCUUUAUUUAUAAACAAACCUAGCCUAGCUGUGCAGUUC